AUGCAAGAUCCAAGAUAUGUGCCAAACCCUCUACGCCCCUACUACGUUCCGCCCUCUAUUGGAGUAGAAGCCGUUUCAAACGCCAGCGCAGCCGCGUCGAAGUCUCAGCCGGGAUCGACCUUCACAUUCCCAGACAUCGACUACUCCGACUACAUUUCUGAGGCUUCGCCAUCAAUUCCGGGUGCGAUCAAGUCUAUACUGGAUCAGGCGUUAUGGAAGUAUACAAAUGUGGUCAUUGCGCAGCCGUUUGAGGUUGCAAAACUCAUCCUACAAGCUCGUGUUGCGCAGGAUGAGGAAGAGGAAGAUUCUGCUCCAGGGCAAGCAAAAUACGGCGAGUUUGAGGAAGACGGUGAUGGCUACUAUGAUGGCCAUUCUUCCGAUGACGAACCAAACUAUUUUACAUCCACGCCGCCCUUUGAACGGGCUUCCUCGAGUCAAUCCCCUGUCCGUGGCCGACAUGGAAGGCCAGCACGGCGUCCCGACCGGCUACAGGAUUCUACAGGCAGAAUUCGCCUGAAGAACCCCAAUUCCCUGCUUGAUGCACUCUCCUCACUCUCCUCCAGCAGCGGCGUGCUGGCGAUGUGGCGUGCCACGAAUUCUACAUUCAUCUACACUGUCUUAAGUCGGACGCUAGAAACUUUUUUCAAGAGUUUCCUAGCAGCAGUGCUUGGACUAGCAGAACAUGAUAUUCUCUCUCCGAUAUCUUCAGGAACGAUCCCAGAUUCGUCCAUCCUUGUUUCCAGCAGUCCUGGCGCGACGAUUUUAAUCACGGCGGCGGCGACAGCCAUGUCUGCCCUUGUGCUAGCGCCCAUUGACGCAGCGAGAACUCGACUUAUCCUCACACCAUCAAGUGAGGAGCCACGCACUCUGCUUGGCACUCUCAGGACGUUGCCAACGCCAUAUUUGAUCCCUCGACACUUGAUCCCGAUCACCUUUUUCACAUCUACCCUUCCGGCCCUUAUUUCCACCAGCACACCGGUUUUCUUAAAAUCCUACCUCGGUCUUGACCCGGCGAUGAACCCCACGAGCUGGAGUCUCGCCACUUUCGCUAGCUCUGCAUUGGAUCUCUCCAUCAAAUUUCCUCUGGAGACUGUUCUACGUCGCGCACAAAUCACCACUUGGACCUCCCCGACCUACUCACCGCCGACCACAUCUUCAAAGCGCAAAGCGAUCACCACAAUCGUUCCUGUACCGCAGUCAUACAGAGGCAUCCUACCGACAAUGUGGAGCAUUGCACGAGAAGAGGGAUACUCCGAGUCCCAAAAGGACAGGACAGCGGCUCUGAUGGGCAAAGCGCCCCGAAGAAGGCGCAAGGGACAGGGAAUUGAAGGUCUCUACCGUGGUUGGAGAGUCGGGUUUUGGGGUCUUGUCGGGAUCUGGGGCACUUCGUUCCUGGGAGGGCUGCAGAAUGGAAGUGAAGGCGCUGCGGACAGUCCCAACAUACACGGCGGUAAAUUCUGA